UCCUAUGGUUGAAAUCUAUGGAAUAAAACAAAGGAUUUUUGACUGGCUUAAACAUAUGGGGGAAACGAACAAAUUUGCAUUGGGAAUUGCUGAGUUUGCUUUUGGGGCAUUUCCAAUUUUUGAAGAAAUGGGAUUAAAGAAGUAUAUAGCUGCAACUUCAUCAAUUGCUCUACCCAUUCAUUUGCAUUUUCUUGGACAGAAAAGCUAUUAUACAAUGAAUGAGCUUAUCCACCCAGAAAUCUAUUCUAAAUUUUAUGAACAAAAUAAAGUUGAAUAUUUAAAGUUAGCAAGGAAAAGGGCAUUAAAUAAAAAUUUAUUGAAAGCUCAUCAAUUAAUUAGCAUUGAAGAAAUGCCAAAAAUGUGGGAUUUAUUAAGAAAAUCAAAAUAUUAUUUAAUAAAUUCCCAUCCACUUGGACAAUUUUCCUUUCCAAAUACUCCAAAAAGAAUUGUUAAUAUUGGAGGUAUUGAAGUAGAAAUGGAAGGAAUCUUUAAAAAUGAGCAUGAAAAGAAAUUCAAAGAAAAAGCGGAAAAUAAGGGUAAAGCAACAAUGGUUGAAGACCCAGUAUAUAACUGGAUUAAAAAGGUAUUAAUCAAGUCCGGAUACGGUAAUCCGGAAUCCGGGUAUUUUUGAUAAAAAUCGAUUUUCCAGAUUUUGAUCUGGAAAAUAAUAAUGAUGAAAAUAAUCCCCCUCUACCCACCCCUUGAUUAAACGUAUCAAAGAAUUAUUAAAACUUCACUAAGGUACAUUAUAAAUUCAAAUGUCAUAAGAAUUUAUUUAGAAGAUCCAUGCCCCCAAAAAUUUAUUCUUUUUUCGUC